UGUCUAAAUGUUAACCAAAGCUCGGCUGAUCUCGAAGCAACUACUUGUUGAAUUAGUGCGCGAUUCAUUGUAUAUAUAGAAAAGUCCACAAAAACGACUCGUUACGUUCAACCCGAUAGCAUUUGAUAAGGGCGAUAUGACAACCAAGUCGGAUUAUCAACAAACAUACAGUGCAUACGGGGAAGAAACCAGGCAACAACAAUACAGUCCCGCCUCACAAAAUGACGGGGCGGAGCCUUCGCCCCAUUCGAGAGCCGCCACUCCCAUGGAAUGCCUCGCGUAUACGGAGGUGGAACCCGAUAAUUAUCAGGCUCUCGUCCGAACAGACGGAAGGUAUAUGCCGUUCACUUUAGAGGUUCCGUUAGAAGCCAAUGGCAACGAUUAUCUGCAGCUCGGACCGACGACCAUCGCCAAUGGUUCCCCACCACAAGAUAGCGGAAGUCCAAGUCCUGGUUCACCAAGAGUUUACACUCUUUCCACGAUACAUACCGGGGAUGAUCAACAAUCAGUAAUCGAAGGAUCUCAAUUAACUCAACUCACCAGUCACAUAAGUUAUACGGGAGUCGGAAUGAACUCUCCUAGUGGAGGAAAUAUCUCUAGCCCCUUGUAUUCGAGAGGAACGGGUGCUUAUACCACAAGUACCAUGCCAUAUUAUAACAGUUCCCCGGAACUUACCCCCCAAUCAUCACAAUUAUGGGCCAAUAAUGGAGUCAACACAACCGGAACGUUGUCUCUACCAGAAGACUACCCAAAAGUAACAUCUUCUUCGACUUCGUUACCAGGUUUCAGUAGACUACCAACGACCUUUACCAACAAUCACAGCCACCAUCGCAGCAAUACCUACUUACCCAACGCCAUCUAUGGCGAUUGGCCGGCUUACGCCACCGACCAAUACAAUCUCAAUUCGACCAAUCAAAGAACUCGACCGAUCUCGGCUGCGGCAUCGUUAUCUGCAAUCGAUCCACGCACCGCCGAAUUCUUCACCGAAGGUAGGGAAUGCGUGAAUUGCGGCGCAAUAGACACACCGUUAUGGCGCAGAGACGGAACCGGCCAUUAUCUGUGCAACGCUUGCGGUUUAUAUCACAAGAUGAACGGAAUGAAUCGACCUCUGGUCAAGCAGCCUCGCAGAUUGUCGGCGUCUCGUCGAGCGGGUCUGACUUGCACCAACUGCCACACGAGUACGACUUCCCUUUGGAGGAGGAACGCAUUGGGGGAACCGGUUUGCAACGCCUGCGGCCUCUAUUUCAAAUUACAUUCCGUAAAUCGACCUCUAUCGAUGAAAAAAGACAGCAUACAAACGAGGAAGCGGAAACCGAAAGGUAGCAAAGAAUCCGGUUCCGGAGGCGGCGGCGGUAGCGCACACAUACCGAGAAAUCCCGCUAUAAAAAUGGAGGAGGUCGGCGUGAAAUUGGAACAUUGUUCGAUCGAAAACUACGGAGGCGUCGCGUCGAUGGCUCAACUCCAACAUUCGACUAGUUACUCGUAUUCUCAACAACAACAACAACAACAACGGUUGAGUCCGACGUAUAGUUCGGCGGCGGUGACGGCGGCGCAGACGCAUUAUUACGACGCCAUACUUCAACAGCAGCCGAGUCCGGGGCAGGCGUCCGACGAGUCCGACAGUUCCACAAACAACAACAACAACAAUAACAACAAAGCUUUGAUAAACGGCGGCGAACACGGCGUCGAUAGACCGACGGUCGUUUCGUCGUUGUCGUCGUAAAUUUCUUUUUUUUUUUGUAUAUAAAAUUUGUUUUUCUUUUGUUUUUUUUUGUACAUAUAAAUAUAGAUAUAUUUAUAUAUAUAUGUAUAAGUGUCGUUUCGGUUCUUCGAUUUUGGCGGUUUUUUAUUGAGAUUUUUUUUACUUUUUCGUGUACGAAUCUAGGAAAUUGCGGCGAUUUUCGGAAAAUAUUCGACUUUUUUGGGAGAGUUUCGAAUUUUGGAGAAAAGUUUAGAGUUUUUCGAGAUGAUUAAGCGUUUUUAAGAGAAGAAAUUUCGAGGUUUUCGUUUAUAUAUUUCGAGUUUUUUGGGAAAAUUUCGAGUUUUUCCGAGAAAUUUUUAUUUUUGGAAAUUUGGACGCCUUUCCUCCAUUUUUUUUGGAAAUUCUGAUACUUUAUCUCCCAUUUUUUGGAAACCUGAAACUUUCCCUUCCAUUUUUUUGGAUAAACACAUUUUCCUUAUUGGGAGAAAUUUCGAAUUAUCAAGAGAAAGUUUGAGUUUUCUCAUUUUCUUAGGAAAUUUCGAGUCAUCAUGGAAAUUUCCCACUUUUUGAGGAAAGUUUAGUUUUUUGGGAAAUUUCGAAUUUUUGUGAAAAUUUUUGAGUUUUUCAGGUUUUUAAGGUAAACUUUGAAUUUUCUCUCAAUUUCAAAAGUUUUUUAAAAUUAAAAUUUUGAGUUUUCUCUUGAGAAAUUUCGAGCUUUUUUUUAAAAUUUUUAGUUUUCAGGAGAAACUAGAUUUUUUGAAAAAUUUCCAGUUUUUAAUAGAAAUUUUGAGUUUUCUUAGGAACAU